CCCCGACACCUCGGCCGACAUGCCGCAACUGAUCGUGACGCUGCUGCGCGCCGGCAACCUGCCGGUGGCCGACACCUUCAUCCAGGGCAGCGCCUCGGACCCCUUCGUGACCUUCCAGCUGGGCGACGAGUACCUGCGCUCGUCCUGCGUGAGCGGGGCGCUGGACCCCGUGUGGCAGCCGGCGGAGACGUUCGAGUUCGAAGUAGGCCACCUCUCGCCCAACGCGGAGCGACACCUGGUGGUCCAAGUGGUGGACAACGACCGGUUCAAGAUGGACGACCUGCUCGGGGAGCUGCGUCUCCCACUGUCCAGCUUCGAGAGACGUCCCAAUGAAGCCAUCGUGGAGACGUACGAACUUCAAGUGCCCGAGUCGCUCCAGCAAGCGACGAAACAGUCGGACAAGAAGUCCACCAUCCAGUUGGACAUUUGCUACGCAGAAGAGACAGAUGGACAGAGGACGCUCUGCAUCUGGGAGAACGAAGACUGGGUGGACGGCAAGUGGACACCUUCGCACAACAACGAGCGUCGCCACUGGAGCACCUACGACCUGCAGACGUCCUCCGACAACUUCGACCAAGUGGCCCCCGAGGUCCCCGAAGGUCUCGAAGGCGCAGGUUGGGCCUACACGACCAAGAAGGGGGACGACCACGGCUGGGUCUACGCCAGCACCUACACGGGGCCGUGGUCGGCCUCAGCGUCCCCCACUUGCUACGCGCGUCGUCGUCUCUGGCAGAACAACUGCCGUCCUGCCGUCGCCUGCGAGUAA